AUGACACAGAUUGAUAUAUCAACUCAAUCUUUCAAUACAACAGAUAAUAAUCAUAAUAUAAUAACUCCUAUAUCACCAGAACCAAAAAAUUUACAAUUACAUCAUCAACCAAAAUCACCUUCAGUUUGUUCAACAUUUGAAUUAUUACCAAGUUAUGAAGAAGUUCUUAGUGGGAAUUCUCCUGCACCAUAUUCAAGAGUUGCAUUUGCAAAUUUUUUAAAAAAAAUUCAUUCAUUAGAAAAUUUAGAAUUUUUAAUUCAAUCAAAUAAUUAUCUUUUAUCAGAAUUUGAAAAAGAAAAAUCAUUAAUUUGGGAUCAUUUAUAUAUAAAUUUCAUAUCAAAUGAUUCACCAAAAGAAGUUAAUAUUCCAUUUGAAUAUAAAGAUGAAUUUUUUAAAUAUUUCCAAAUUGGUGAAUUACCUUCGAAUGAAUUAAUUUCAAAUACAAUGAUUAUUAUAAAAGAUUUAUUAAGAGAUGCUUUUUUCCAAUUUUUAAAUUCAACUAAAAAAACUAUAAAUUUAAAUGAAAAUUAUAAAUUUAUUUCAAAUAAUUCUUCAUUACCAACUCCAACUUAUGAUGAAGGAGUUGAAGAAUUUUCUCCUUUAGAAAAUACUUCAAGAUCAGGAUCUCCAUUAAGUUAUACAGAUGAAACAACAAAUACAAAUUCAACAACAAAUUCUUCAACAAAUUUUUCAAAACCUCCAAGAUCAUCAACUUCAUUUGCUAUAAAAUCAAGUGAUAGUUUAAAUUCAAGUUGUGAAUUUGUUAUAGAUUCAAAAAAAUCAAGUAUUUCAAGUAAUAAAAGUGUUUCAAGUGCUUCAGGUGGAUUAACUUCAAAUAAGAAUAGUAUAAGUGAAGUUAGUAAAAAAAUUGCAGGAAAAUUAAAAUGGAGAAGAUCAUCAACAAAUUCAAGUGGUUAA